AACGCGACGGUCGGAGUCCUGCUGCUUUUAUUUUGCCUUUUGGCUUUUUUCUGUUCUGAUAUGUUUCACAAAAUUUUACUUGGUUUUGCACUUUUGAGUCCCUUUUGUGACGCGAUAUGCUGGAGAAAUACAAGUUCGGAGCAAAUUCGGCGAUUAAAUGAAAACAGCGUCAAAUACUGUAUUGCAAACUGCUUGGGUUUGACAUCUUUGAAAACAAAUAAAACAAAAUCUUGCCAAUUCGAUUCAUCCUCAGGAAGAGUCCAAGGAUGCGAAAGAAAUUAUUCAUUUAUGCAAGGAAAAAGCAAAUUUAAAGUGUUCUGCAAUAUGGAGACCGAGUGGAACUUUUCUCUUACAACUGAUACGCCUCAAACUUCACUUUGCGACGUAAUUGUCAUCAAUAUAGCUGUGUUCAACUCAAGCACAAAUGAAAUGAACGCGGUGCCAAAUAGAAUUGCUGGCGCCACAUCUCAAAUCAAGUUGGCAAAGAAACUCGGUGUUAAAGUUUUAUUCAAAGUGGGAAGCUGGGACGAAUUCAUAAUGCACCCGAGAGCAAUUACAAAGUUGGCUUCAGACAAUAACGCACAAACGGCCAAAUUUAUAAAAAGCAUAACAACUUUGAUCAAUCAAUUUGAUCUGGACGGUGUUUUCUUCUCCUGGAUAUGGCCAGGGUGUCCUCAGGCCACGUGCGUGAAUGACAUUGAAAGGAAAAAAAUUCCAGAGUUCAUCCAAAGUUUGGCCCGGCCUCUAAAAGAUAAUGGCCAAUUGUUUGUAUACUUCAUUCACGGAAGUAAUGCAAAAGUUGCUUUAACACCUGGUGACUAUUUCACGGACAUUGUGGACGUGGUUGAUUAUUUCGCAUUUGAAAGCCCCACGCAAAGUGGCGAGUGGUCGCCAAAUGCUGACUUAAACUUUAAUUUGAAGAAAUCUAAAGAAGUUCUAAGCGAGUACUUCGCAAAGAUAAAAAGUCCGCGUUUCAAAAGUAAAAUUGUGAUGUACAUGGAAUCGUCGUUCCCCAAUUUCGAACUUUCUGGCGCCCCUAUCAAACUUGGAGGCCCACAAUUAAUAAACUCGAAGAUUAAAAGGAGAUUGGAAAUAACAGAUUGGUGCAAAAGGGUGCGAGAUAUUUCUUACGAUGUGUUCAGAAACCCAGAAACGCAAAAUUACGCAGUUAAAGGUAACACCCUUUUUGCUUUUGAUGACGUUGAAUCGAUGAAAGCUAAGAUAAAUUAUUUGAAGAGUUUCGGGUCAGGGGUAUAUAUUACUGAAGUGCAGUAUGACGACCAAGCAGGGGAGUGCGGCUGUGGUAAAAUGCCAUUUUUAAAAAUGGUAGUCAACAUGUUGACAAUGAAUUGCGAUCCUUCCCCUUGUUUUUGAAUUUAAGAAUAAAAAUUAAUUUCUUGGCAUCAA